AUGAUCAAGAAUAUGUACUCCUCGGCAUCGUUGUUGUCUCUUCUUCUUCUUGCGUUGCCGUUAACGACGUGCAUGCUUGUCAUUUCCCAUGCAGAAAACACAAAAGACAGUUUUACGGUCGAGUUAAUCCACCGUGACUCGUCAAAGUCACCGUUCUACAACCCAAACCUAACCCCGAUCGAACGAUUUGCGGCUGCGGUGAACCGUUCAUUGACCCGUUCACUCCGUUUCAGCCGCAAAGAACGCUUGACGUCGUCCAUGUCUACGGACUUAGAGGAUGGAAUGGGGGAGUAUAUAAUGAAGAUGGGAAUCGGAACUCCUCCGGUGGAGGUUUUAGGGUUUGCUGAUACUGGAAGCUCGCUUAUAUGGACGGAAUGCAAGCCAUGCACAAAGUGCUUCGAGCAGUCAAACCCUCUUUUCGAUCCAAGAGCUUCGCUCACUUUCAGAAACGUCAAGUGUUCAUGGACCCAAUGCAGUGAUCUCCCCAUCACGUCUUGUGGAGAGGGCGGCACUUGCGUGUACAGUCAAGGGUUCGUCGACGGAUCCUACACGAAAGGAAACAUAGCGACCGAAUCCAUAACGAUCGGUGCGAGCAGGAUGCUUUCGUUGGUAUUCGGUUGCGGCUACGAGAACUACAUCCAUGCCCCAGGAGCCUCAGGGGUCAUCGGUCUCGACUUGGGGGAAGCCUCUCUCGUUUCUCAGCUGGGCGCUGCCAUCAAUGGCGUUUUCUCUUACUGUUUGGCACCGAUCUUUUCGAACAGGCGGAACUCUAUCAAUUUCGGCGUAGUUCCAAGUCCGGCUCUCUAUGGGAUCACAACUCCUUUCACCAAGAAACCCAAUUCCGGCCAUUAUCACUUGACGCUGGAAGCGAUCAGCGUGGGCGGAAAGAGGUUGGAGUUUCCGGGCUCGGCGUACGGUGGCGCCAAUGAGGGCAAUAUGAUCAUAGACACAGGAACCACAAUGACGUUUCUUCCCAUGGAUUUCUAUAACCGAGUGAGGGCCGAGGUUGAGAAGAUCCUCUGCGAAAUGUAA